CCUUGUACUGGUGUUUCGCAGUAAUGGUAACUUAGUUUUAAAGAUGAUGGCAUAGAAAUAAAAGCCGUUAUUUAUUAACGAACACAAUAACGAAAACGAAAAUCUCAUUAAAUUAAGGUGUCAAUACAUCAUCAAUAGAGGAAUACACGUCACACACACUCAUGGCGCAAUACACUUGUGUUUACAAAUGGGUGCGAGUGUGUGUCUGUGUGGAAAUGAAAAUCAAUUAAAUUGUGUGUAAAUAUUGAAGCUUUCAUACACGAACGCUAUUAGCAAGUGUCUGUGGCCAAAUUUCCAAACAACAUUUUCCGUCCAGCACCAGACUGAAUACAAAAAAAAAGAAAAGAAAAACAAUAUACUCAACAGCAGAGAGAAUAGAGCAAAAACGAAAUCGAAACAAAAACAAUCCAUAAACAAAGCAAAGUGUUUCCACAUUUUUUUGGAAUGGAGAAAAGGCCCCCAAAGAAAUAUAGAAAUAUAUUCAAAGAAUAUAGUGAGGAAAGCAACAAAGGAAAAUGUGGAGAAAGAAGAAUAAAUUAUGAAAACAAUAAAAGCAGACGACGCGUAGUUUUACUAUUUUUUACUGAGGCACUGGGGCAACAUUAAAGUGAAGCAAAAAAAGCAAAAAACGGAAAUUCCAAAAACAACAACACCAGCUAUUUUUGUACUUUAAAAACGGUAAAAUAUCUGAGGAAACAAAUCCAUAGAGUAAAACGGGCUGUUGUCUAGAGAGAUGUAGGUGAAAACAAAAAUAAUGUGCACAAAAAAAGAAGAAAAAACGCAAAAUUCUAAAAACGACACACAUUUUUCUGUGGAAAUUCAUAAUUGCUUGCGAUGUUGGCUAUUUAAAAUAAAUUAAUUUUGAAUAAAGAAAAGGUGAAUUUCUUCUGGAUCAUUUAACGCAACAACAUAGCAGCAUUUUGUGACAAUCAUGUCAAGCACUAGCUCUGACAAAAUUAUUAUGAAAUACUAUUAACAAAAAAAAAGAUGAAAGAAUAUUGUGAAAAAGUGAAAACAAAGAACAUCCAGGCCAUGUGAAAAAGAAAAGAAGAAAAAUAUAUUGAAAUAAAAGUAGAGAAAAUGUCAAAAAAGUAAAAAGCCAACAGCAAUCAACAUCGUUGUUAACAUCCGUCACCCCGACACCUUUACACAGUCCAUAGACUAGCAUUUCGGCAUAACCUCGACAAUAGCGAUAGCAACAGCAGCGGUAACAACAACACGAACAAUAUAUCGGUGACACCAGCCCCCAUCGGAGCAGACUAAAACAAAAAAUGGAAGCCAGUCUUAUGUAUGAAAUUCUCAUGUAUCUGAAUUCGUUCUACUUCGGUUUGUACGCUGCAUUCAAGGUGUGUGUCAGUACCCUGAAAUUUAUUCUAUUAACGUAUCCUGAAAAUGCCGUAAUGAGAGAGGGAAUUUUAUUGCUAACAAUGUGUCUUUUGGAGACGGUGCGUAUCAUAUUGGGCCGUCGUAGUAGUUUAAGUGCUCGUGCAUGGCAGGCGAUAGCAUCUGUAGUAUUAACACUGCCCAGUCUCGUUCUUGUUAUUUAUUUAUGUUUUUUCCAAACGGCUGUUCUCAAACUUGAAGUAAUCAUGAGUGCCUUAAUGAUAGCUCUACACGUAGCUGAAAUUGUGUACGCCAGCAUGUUCAUUUGUACGAUGUGUCGGCCGGUGACAUAUACCUAGCAGUUGAUGGGUGUCCCGAUGACGACGACGACGACGGCGGCGGCAGUAUGUGGACCGUGCCGAAAAUCCAAUAAUCCGAGCAAUGCAUUUUACAUUACCCUAACCAUAACUGUGCCGUCAUCAUCGCCAUCAUCAUUAUCCUCGUCAGCAGCAACAACAACCACAACGUCAUAUAUGUAUUUGUUCUUCCUGAAAACGACAUCAUCGUCAUUAACCUGGACAAUGUGUGGAGAAAGUCCAUGUCUUGAUUGUAUAGAACAGCAGCAUACAUUUUGUAAUAUAGUCAACAAUAGAACACACAACUACAACAGUAACACCAACAACAACAACAACACCAACACUAGUAACAUAUGCCAAUAUUUUGUACCAAACAAUUACCAAGUUU